AUGUUGCGACGGACCACCAAGUGUCUGACCAGGAACUCGCGCUUCAUGCGCUCACUGUCUCUAGGUGCAUUAUCCAUUAGUACAGUAUCUGUAGGUAUGGGAACAGUAGCACUGUAUAUUGAUGCACCAGUAGCGGAUAUGGGAGAUGGCAAGUACGACGGUGGACGACGCGCUGAAAUCUUUCCCGAGUGGUUGCAUAAUGUGGCGCGUGUCCCUCUCUUUAAUGUCGUGACGCUCGUGUCCAAGUUUUGCCUUCAAAGAAUGAACACGACAAAAGUAGAAGGAGUCGAGAUUCUGACUCAGCAGCUUGAUCAGCGGCCCAAGGGAGUAGCAGUUAUUACAGUCUCCAAUCACUCUGCAACUGUGGAUGAUCCUGCUUUGUUUGCCAAUAUGAUGCCAUGGAGGUUUGCAUGGCCAUGGAAAGGACGAUGGAGCUUGGCCAGUCAGGAAUACUGUUAUACAAAGGGAAAGCUGGUAUCAGCGUUGUUUUUUGGUGCCAAGACAUUGCCAGUGAAACGUGGCGCUGGUAUUGAUCAUCAGAUGAUCCAAGCUAUUUUUGAUAAGGUGGAGGAAGGCUCGUGGGUUCAUAUUUUUCCCGAAGGAAAGAUCGUGCAACACGAAGCACUUGGUGGUAGACCAAGUCCGCGUCGAGAAGAGAUUGGACGGUUGAAAUGGGGUGUGGGGAAGCUCAUUGCACGUGCAACAAAGCGGCCAAUUGUGGUGCCCAUGUAUCAUUACAACAUGGAGAAACUCAUGCCACAGGACGAGAAUAACUGUUUAAUCAGUGUCUUUCCGCAGAGUAAUCUCAAUCUGCGCGUAAUCAUUGCUGUUGUGGAAAAUCAGAUUUUUUGUUUACAUGGUGGAUUAUCGCCAUCCAUUGAUACAUUGGAUUAUAUCCGUGGAUUUGAUCGAUUACAGGAAGUACCUCAUGAAGGUGCAAUGUGUGAUUUACUCUGGUCUGAUCCAGAUGAUCGAUCGGGAUGGGGAAUCUCACCUCGUGGAGCUGGAUAUACUUUUGGGCAAGAUAUCUCGGAUCAAUUUAAUCAUGCAAAUGGAUUGACACUGAUUGCAAGAGCACAUCAAUUAGUCAUGGAAGGAUACAAUUGGUCACACAAAUGUAAUGUCGUGACAAUCUUUAGUGCACCAAAUUAUUGCUAUCGAUGUGGUAAUGAGGCUGCUAUUAUGGAAGUUGAUGAACAAAUGCAGUAUACAUUCUUACAGUUUGACCCUGCGCCUCGUCGUGGAGAACCUCAUGUGUCACGUCGGACGCCCGAUUACUUUUUGUAA